UACCUACGCCAGCCAAUCAGUUCCAGUCCUUCAAGACAGGCCAGGACCAACAGAUUUUCAAACUUUCUCAGAAUCCGUGCGAUCUCGUUUAAAUGUUGUCUCAAUGAGGUACAAAGAGUCUAUCACCAAAAGUACUCGGGGAUGGGGAGAGAGGCUUUUCUCUCGUAAUAGUGCUGUGCCUAAUCUUACUUAUGAACUUAGAAGGCAAUCAAAUACACAAAUUGACACAGGCUCAGGCAUGGUAAAUCACCUAGCAACAAGGGAUAGCAUUGGUAGCGCUUUUUCUUCGCCUGUUGCAGUCAACUCAGCUGCAAUAUCAAACAAUGAAGGGGUCACUGGGAAUCAUGUGGUCAGUCUUCCAACUGAUACCUCAGCUCCUUGUCUUCCAGCCUCCAUUGCAAACUGAUUUUUAUCAAUCAGGUAAACUAGUAUGCUGAUUAGUUGUGCUAAUUUGUCAAAUUUAGAAUAUGCUGAUUAUUUCAGUCACAAUUCAAUAUACGCAGUCAAAGCAUGCCUCUAGAAAUAUAUUUACUCAAAUAAUGGUGUAUCAAUGUGUAACAAUUAGAAUGGCACUAGCAAAUCAGGAAAAUGGGUUUUACUACAAUAAUACAAUAUGC